AGGAGGGAGCCGGGGAGCGGGCCGGGGAGCAGCCGCGGGGAAGUCGGCUUGGGGAGCAGGCGAGCGGAGAGAGAGGCCAGCGGAGCUUGCGGGGGCGGAGGCGGUGGGAGCCGCGGCGGAGCUGCGCGCGGAACAGGACCAAGCCCUCCACACCAGGGACCAGGCCAAGGCCAGGCUGCCACUGCCUCCACUCGGGCCGCACCCUAGGGCGCAGCUGCGGUGACCAUGGGCAACAUCUUCGGGAAUCUCCUCAAGAGCCUGAUUGGGAAGAAGGAGAUGCGCAUCCUGAUGGUGGGUCUGGAUGCCGCUGGGAAGACCACUAUCCUGUACAAGCUGAAGCUGGGAGAGAUCGUCACCACCAUCCCCACCAUUGGGUUCAACGUGGAAACAGUAGAAUAUAAAAAUAUCAGCUUCACAGUGUGGGACGUAGGUGGCCAGGACAAGAUUCGGCCCCUCUGGAGGCACUACUUCCAGAAUACCCAAGGCUUGAUAUUUGUGGUUGACAGCAACGAUCGGGAGCGAGUGAACGAGGCCCGGGAAGAGCUGAUGCGAAUGCUGGCAGAGGAUGAGCUCCGGGACGCCGUGCUUCUUGUCUUUGCCAACAAGCAGGAUCUGCCGAAUGCUAUGAACGCUGCCGAGAUCACGGACAAGCUGGGCCUGCACUCUCUGCGCCAUCGCAACUGGUACAUUCAGGCCACCUGUGCUACCAGUGGGGACGGGCUGUAUGAAGGCCUGGACUGGCUGGCCAAUCAGCUCAAAAACAAGAAGUGAGAGCCAGACAGCCUGUCUUCCCAUCCCGCCCACCCCUGACGUACCCACGUCUCCCUGCCCCAGCCCCUAGCCCUUCCCACUGCAAGUGUGGCCGGGGCCCUGGGUAUCAUGUCCGCAUGCCCAGUCAGAGCCUUGCCUCCCCUGCGUCCCUUCUGUCCCCAUUGACGUGACCAGUCCCCGAUUGCUGUCCUGAUGCUGAAUCAUUCCAAUUUACUGGAUUUAAAACAAAAACGAGGUUGUUAUGGUUUCA